AUGAACAGUAACCUACUCGAUCGUCUCUCAGCACUGGACACCAAUACGGUGUCUGAUGCCUUGGAUUUCCUUGGCUUGAGAGGAGCUACUCACGGGCUUCGACCUCUCUGGGAUUGUCCAAAGAUAGUCGGUCGUGCUAGUACCAUUCAACUUGGUCCCAAGAUCGAAGGUGCUCCAGCAACUGUCCACCUUAUCACACCAGUGAUAGACGCUGUCACAACAAAUGAUCGAAUCCUCGUUAUUGCUGGUGGGGUAGAUGGCAUUUCCUCCUGGGGCGAUAUUAUCGCCAAUGCCGCUAAGAUGAAGGAUAUUCGUGGCUCUAUUAUUGACGGCAACAGUAGAGACAUCAAUGGAAGUCGUGAUAUUGGUUAUCCUGUGUUUGGCCGUGGCGUGACAAUGAUCAGUGCACGCAAUCGGUUGAUUCAAGUUAAUUCUGGCGGACCCGUGGAGAUGAGAGGUGUCAUAGUAGAUCAGGACGACUAUGUGAUUGCCGAUGAAUGUGGGACGGUUUUUGUACCUUCUGAUCGUAUCGAAGAGGUACUAGAGCUCGCUGGACGCAUCGAGCGCCGUCAGCAUGAAAUGCUUAAAGAAGUUCGUGCUGGUCGUUCAGUAACAGCGAUCAUGCACGACAAGCAAUUUGAAUCCAUCGCAGCUCUGCCUACUAAGUUUAGCUCAGGAGAGCCUAGCAUUCCUAGAGGGAACCCCAAGAAAGCUAUCGCUGAAGAUCAGAGAUUGGUGGCAUUAUUCGCUGAUUCUGACACUCCCGGUGUCUCGGAUGCUCUUGACAAGCUUGGUAUUUCAGGACAGGUAUUCAAUAUAAUGCCACUGACCAACUACAAGAAAACCACGGUUGGGCCUGCUUUCACAGUACGCUAUGUGCCUGCUAGUGACCCGCCCGGAAGCGUGGGUGACUUCAUAGACGAUGUGGCCGUAGGUGACUUCGUGGUCAUUGACAACGGUGGUCGAACGGAUUGCACUGUCUGGGGAGACAUCAUGACACAGUAUGCAGGUCUGCGGAGUAUUGCAGGCACCGUAAUUCAUGGUGUGUGUCGUGAUGUUGAUCGUGCCAUCAGUGACAAUUAUCCACUUUUCACUACCGGACGCUGGAUGAGAACAGGAAAGGAUAGGGUCCAGGUGGGAGGUGUCAAUGAAUCGAUUGGUGUGGGCAACAUUCGUGUAAAUUCCCGUGAUAUUGUGGUAGCUGAUGCGAACGGCGUUGUUGUAGUGCCACGAGACCGAGCCUCUGAGGUGGCUGCGCUUGCAAAGAGCAUUGAGAAGAGCGAGGACGGUAUCAGGGACAUGAUUAUUAGAGGGUCUACAAUUGCUGAAGCUAGACAUACGCUGGGAUAUCACACACUGCAACGCAAAGUGUGA